AUGGGGUCUCGGCAAGGAUUCCCCGCUGUAGCGAUCUUGCUCCUCCUGGGCCCCGCGCUGUCUCUGGCAGCCCGGACUCCAGAUAGCGCGCAGACUGUGCUCAGGGGCGAGCCCCAAGCCCCCGUGUGGCCGGACUCGUACUCCGUGGAGUACACCUUUUCCCUGCCCUACACUGCCAAGAUCCAGCCCCAUGGCAUCAGGCAGGGCACGGGGUACCCCGUCGUCUUCCAUCGCGACGGCAAGGCCCAGCGGGUCCGCAUGGAGACAUACAAUGGCACCAACGUCAUCAUCUCCACCAAGUCUGUGCAGUACGAGCUGCUGCCCCGCAUCGACCGUCAGCAGUGUCUGGUCUGGGCCGAGCCGGGGCUGGCCGACGCGCAGGCGCUGCCCGACCUGGCGGGCUGGGCCUACCAGGGCGCCGAGGUGCUGGAGGACGGCGCCGCGGUUCACGCCUGGCACUACCUGGCACGGCACCAGGCCAAGAGCCUGGCCUACCGCUUCUACGCGCACCCCGACGGCGCACCCCGCCGCCUGGACAUGCUGGGCACCGACGCGCUCUCCGGUUCCCACUUCGACCGCUGGGUGCUGGACUACGCGAGCUACGUCCCCGGCCGCCCGCGCGCGGAGCUGUUCGACCAGCCGCGGCUGUGCGAGGGGCGGGCGCCGGUGGAUGGCGGCGGCCGCGGCCCACGAGCCGGAGCCCGCCCGGGCUCCGGCUCCGGUGCGCUGCGCAUGGCGGGCCUGCUCCCGCGCGUCGCUUACCGCGGGCACCACGCGGAGUACGACGCCUUCCUGGACUCGCCACACGGCCGGGAGCGGGCGCACAGCAGCCUGGCCGACUACGCCGCGCGGGCGGAGGCCUUCGAGCGCAACGCGGCGCGCAUCGCGGCGCACAAUGCGCGCAACGCCUCCUACACCAUGGCCAUGAACCGCUUCGGCGACUGGCACCGGAUCCCCCACCGCGCGCUGACCGACCCGGCCCGGCUGCCCGCCGGCGUGGACUGGCGCGGGUCCGGCGCGGACGCGGCCUGGGUCAAAGACCAGGCCUCCUGCGGUUCCUGCUGGGCCUUUGGCGCGGCGGGGGCCAUGGAAGCCGCCUGGUUUGUGGCCACGGGCGAGCGGGUCAGCCUCUCGGAGCAGGCCGUCAUCGACUGCGCCUGGGGCGCGGCGCCGGGGCACGAGGAAAGCGCGGCGGCCUGCGACGGCGGCGACGCCUGGGCGGGCGUGGCGUACGCGGUGGGGGCGGGGGGCCUGCCCUCCUCGCUGGAGUACCAGUACAAGGGGCAGUCGGGGUACUGCGAGGCCAACGACACGGCGGCCGUGGCGCGGUUCGCGGGCUUCUCGCGCGUCCCCGCCUAUGACGAUGCCGCGCUGAUGGAGGCGGUGUACUCGCGCGGGCCGCUGGCGGUGUCGCUGGACGCCAGCCACGACUCCUUCACCUUCUACUCCGCGGGGGUGUAUGCCGAGCCCGACUGCUUCUUCAAAAAGGACCAGCUGGACCACUCCAUGAUGCUGGUGGGGUACGGCACGAGCGCAGAGGGCGACUACUGGCUCAUCCGCAAUUCCUGGAGCGACCACUGGGGCGACGCGGGGUACGUCAAGGUCUCCCGCGACCGCCACGGCUGUGGCGCGCCCGCCGAUGCCAUGUACGUCGUGGCCGACGCAGACGGCCUGAGGCCUUGA